AUGUCUUCCGCUAUUUUAGAUAUUCAAUGUGUAUUACGUUCGGAUAAUAAAUAUCAAAUAAAAGAAAUGUCAAUUGUCGACACAGAUACAUGGGCAACUCAACAUUGGAUAUUCAAACAUACGGCGACAGCUCAAGAUGAAAAAAGUCGCAGAACUAAUAAAUGGCUUGAACAUAAUUAUCAUCAAAUGUAUUUAGAAUUUGGCGAUAUUCCUUAUGAUGAAAUCAGUCGGAUUUUAAAUUCGUUAAAGUUCGAUCACAUUUACAUUAAAGGAGAACAAAAACGACAAUUAAUCCAAGAUUUUAUUCCACAAGUCUUCGUCUCUAAUAUGGAAGAUAUGGACUGUCCGCGACUAGACCAAUUAUGUGACGACGACAAUUUACCGUGUUGUAUUUUUCACAUGAACCUAAAUCCUAAAUAUUGUACAUUCUAUAAAGUUUAUGCAUUAAGAAAAUGGUUUGUUAAUAACUCUUAA